AACACUAGCAGAGGAGAACCGUAGGAUUUGGCGGACGGGCGAUUGCACGCCCGUGACUUCGACCCCGACGUCCCUUCCCAACUCGUCCACCGCCGCCGCCCGCCGUCGCAAAACUCGCCAGCGGCCAGCCAUGGGGUACACGAAGGACCAGCUUCUCGCGCACCUCCAGAAGCUUAAGAUUGAUUUCACGUGCUACGAUCACCCGGUUGUGUUGACAGUGGAGGAACAGGCCAAACAUGUUGGCCAUUUAGGAGGUGCUUUGAGCAAAAAUUUACUCUUGAAGGACAAGAAGCAUCGGUUAUAUGUUAUUUCUGCCCUUGCUGGCACCAAAGUUGACAUGAAAAUUCUUUCCCAACGUCUUGGGUUGGGAAAAGGUGGUCUACGAAUGGCUCCUGAGGAAAAUCUUCUAGAAGUACUUCAGGUGCCCUUAGGGUGUGUUACUCCUUUUGCUUUAAUAAACGAGUCUGCGAGUGCUGUUUCACUUUUACUUGAUCAAGGUUUCAAGUCUAAACAGAGCUGCUACUUCCAUCCACUGACAAAUGAUGUGACAAUUGCUCUUAGCUCAAGUAAUCUGGACAAGUUUCUCAUCUCCAUUGGGAAGCAACCAGCAUAUGUGGACUUGGAGGCUGCACCAGCUGUGGGUAAGGAUAAUCCUCCUGAUCUAGCACAUUUGGUUCCAACUGGUGUGCCAAAUUCUUCAGAACAACCAGUUGAGAACACGGCACCUACUAAUGUUCUUAAAGAGACAGAAGUGAAGGCUAAACCCAAAGUUCAGAGCAAGGGUGCAGAAACAUCGAGCAAAGUAGAUAAACCUACUACCGAUACCAGUGUUGACAAAUUUGUAAAUGAUGUGUUCGAGAUCAUCUCCCCAUUGUUCUUGUCUGAGGCAUUGAAGAAAUUGGACAUUAAGAAGGAAGAUCUUUCUUUGAUCUUAGAAGGCCUCAGGGGACGGGCAGAUCCAGAUUUGAAGAGUAUAGCGAUGACUCUGAAGAAUGCAUCAUAUACCUCAGGGUUUCACGCUGGUUACAAAACCAUGCAGAAUCGUGGUCUAAACGGCUGACCCACUUAGGUCCCAGUCUCUCAAUUGCAUGGUUUGAUACAAGAAACAGGAAUCUGAUUUUACAUAUUUGUAUGCUGUUGAAUGAAGUCAACAUAUUAUGUUUGAUGCUCUCGUUCUAUCUAUGACGUAUGCUCUUUUUUUGUGUAUGUGUGGAUUUGCCUUUUUCUCUCUCUGAGAGAUCAAUGGGAAAUUUUCACCAUACCGUGCAGUGUUCCAUAGAAUAUGUAUUUACAAGAUUCUGCUACUCGCUCUACCAACAUCAGAGUUUCAGUGUAUCAGAUACAUCACAUAGAAAUGUCUUCGGCGCGUUCCAGAAA